AUGGAGAACUGGCGGAGGUUUGAAAAUGCCUCUGCAAGACAGGCGACACACACGCAUGUGGCAACGAGCAUCACAGUAGUGGACCGUCCGCGCGCCUCUGCCGGCGGGCUCGACCUGCUCGGUCUCGGGUCCGAACUUGACGCCCUCGGGUCGGGCCGCAGCAGCACAUGGACGGAGAAGACCCGCAGCAGUGAGUGUCGGGCUUGGGAUGUGUCCCCUCUGCCUGUUCUGCCCGCACAACGCACCCCGCGGGCUCCAGCACGGACCCCGUUGCCUGGACUUCUCCUGGACCCGUCAAAAGUGUCUGUGAAAUGUAAAAUACAGCAUAAAAUAGAAGAUUCUGGUAAAACUGGAGAAAAAAAAGAAAUACAAUAUGAAAACAAAUCUGAAAAGAGCAGACAGUAUUCAAAAUCUUGUGCCAGAAGAGGACGAAUAUAUUAUGCUAAAUUUAUUAACACAAAUGCAAGAACGUUAAAUGAACCAGUUCCCUACAUGGAUCCUAAAAAUGGUACAGAAAAGCAGGGUGAGUGGUUGUCAGAUUCCAACGAACUAGAACAUUCCUUUCAACCACGUUACGACACUGAGAGUACUCAAAGGACUCACUUCCAAAGGCCAACAUGCCCACUGGUGUUGCCGGUCAAAUACAGCAAGUCACAAAAGCCUUCUUGUGGAAUCGUUCCACUUGUUUUGCCAGAUGCAUCAGAACUUCAAAAGAAAUUUAUAGAACGUAUAUCUUUCACACAUCACUAUGAUUCCAGGAAAAUGCCCAAUGAGGCAGUGUGGGAAAAGCGACAAGGAACAUUUGUGCAGGUAGAGAUCAAAGCAGAUGGAAAGCCCACAGUUCUACAGGGAGCAAAGAAGUUCCUAAAGGCUGCAGAGCCAGUCUCUCACAACAGCCCCCCAGCACAGAGGAAGGAAACUGAGAGGAGAGCCGAUGACCUCACAGGGCCGCCGCUGACCAAAUCCCAGGCGCCUGUGGAGACUUCAGACAUGCUUAUCAGAAACAGAUGCAUGGAAGGCUCCGGGCUCCAGGGCUCCCUGCUGCCCAGCAGUGCCCAAAGUCAGGGGAAGAUCUCUGCAUCUAACCAGCAAAUGGAGCAGCUGCUCUUCCUACCAGGCGCCAAAGCUCAGGAUAAAUCAGGUUCAAUUGGAUUCUUCUGAUAAAAACAAGCAUCCAGGAAUUUGAGAAACUGAAGAAUCACUGUAUUUGUUUUUGCUUUUAUCAGUAGGAAAUGAUUUACAUAGAUGUGAAAAUAAAGACAAUUAUGAUAUACCAACUUUUUGAUUUGUGACUUUCAAUGAGUCAAUGUUAGGAGGCCUACUUCAAGUCAAAUAAUAAACGGAGCAACUUUGUUUUGCCAUACAA